AUGUUGAUUCCCAAGGCCGACCGCAAGAAGAUUCACGAGUACCUCUUCCGCGAGGGUGUCCUCGUCGCGCAGAAGGACUUCAACCUCCCCAAGCACCCCGAUAUUGACACCAAGAACCUGUUCGUCAUUAAGGCUGCUCAGUCCCUCACUUCCCGCGGCUAUGUAAAGACCCAGUUCAGCUGGCAAUACUACUACUACACCCUGACCCCCGAGGGUCUCGACUACCUCCGGGAAUGGCUUCACCUGCCUGCCGAGAUCGUUCCUGCUACCCACAUCAAGCAGCAGCGAUCACACGCUCCUCCCCGUGGCAUGCUCGGCGAGGGCGAGCGUGAGCGACGACCUUUCGGCCGUGGACGUGGCGGCGACCGUGGUGACCGUGAGGGUGGAUACCGAAGAAGGGAUGCUGGUGAGGGCAAGGAGGGUGGUGCUCCCGGCGAGUUUGCUCCUCAAUUCCGUGGUGGCUUUGGCCGUGGACGUGGUGCUGCUCCUCCUUCCUAA